CCGGCCCCCUCGGCCGCCCGGCCCCCUCGGCCGCCCGGCCCCCUCGGCCGCCCGGCCCCCUCGCCGCUCCGCCUCCCCGCUCCCAGGCCGCUUCCUGCGCGCCGCCCCGCCCGCUCCGGACGUGCGCGGCGCGGCCAUGGCAGCUGUGGAUAUCCGAGAUAACCUGUUGGGAAUUUCCUGGGUUGACAGCUCCUGGAUUCCAAUAUUAAACAAUGGGAGUGUGUUGGACUAUUUCUCAGAGCGAAGUAACCCUUUCUAUGACCGAACAUGUAACAACGAAGUCGUCAAAAUGCAGCGGAUGACCCUGGACCAUUUGAACCAGAUGGUUGGAGUGGAGUACAUCCUUCUCCAUGCUCAAGAGCCCAUUCUCUUCAUUAUCCGAAAGCAGCAAAGGCAAUCUCCAACACAAGUUAUGCCAUUGGCUGACUACUACAUUAUUGCUGGAGUGAUUUAUCAAGCACCUGACUUAGGAUCUGUCAUUAACUCCAGAGUUCUCACUGCAGUGCAUGGAAUUCAGUCUGCUUUUGAAGAAGCGAUGUCCUACUGUCGCUAUCACCCAUCCAAGGGCUACUGGUGGCAUUUCAAAGAUGAGGAAGAACGAGAGAAAACUAAACCAAAAGCCAAGAAGAAAGAGGAACCAAGCUCUAUUUUCCAAAGACAACGAGUAGAUGCUUUGCUUUUAGACCUAAGACAAAAGUUUCCGCCCAGAUUUGUUCAGCAAAAGCCCGGAGAAAAGCCUGUCCCAGUGGAUCAAAUCAAAAAGGAACCAGAACCAGUCCCUGAAGCUGUCAAGACAGAGGAAAAAGAGACUGUAAAGAAUGCUCAGAGUGCUGGUGCUAAAGGACCACCUGAAAAACGAAUGAGACUCCAGUGAAGGGAGAAGCUAUUGCACAUAUGGAUUAGUCAGAACCUGGAAACAGAAGAUUCUUGCUCCCUUUUCUUUAUAUUUAAGCUCUUCCACUGAGACUGAUAAUUCAGGGACUGAGAUCCUUAUAACAGCUUUUUCCGUAGAAAUCUCUCAUGCAAAUGUUAAUGUCAAGAUGUGAGUUGCCUCAAAGGAGCUGUUUUCAGUCUUCAUCUUAAUUUUGAAUGCUGACUUCUGAGAAUGGUUUUUACAUGGACAUGUUCAGCAGCCUCCUGAAAUCUUUACAAACUCCUGCAUCCUUUGUGUCUAGGUUUCCUAUGUAAAAAGAAAAAAAAAACCCUUUUAUAUAUAAAAAAAAAAAUUGAAUUCUUGGCAAAUAAAACUCCUGGCUGCUGGAA